AUGGCUACCGGAGGUCUCACGCUGUUGGCAGUUUUCCACGUCCUGAUUCUCCUCCAGGUCCAAGUGCAGGGAGACGUCAGACCCACCAUCGCUGCCCUGAACAGGAGGAUCGCAGACCUGCAGGCGCUACACGAUGAGGACGUCAUACCCGGACAGGCGAGGCAGAAGGGGCUGUACUCUAGUAUGAUCCGGUUAAACGUGCACGGCCCACCUGAGGUAUCCGUCCUCCGAGACAUGGGUCUGUACGACAACAACGCGUUCGCCACGCUGUGGAUCGUGACGUGUCUGCUGGAGAGUCACACCUACGGCACGGCUCCUGCCCCGGACCCCGGCCGCCUGCAGCUGGCUGUGGACGCCGUCAACACCUUCCACUCAAAAAAUCUGCCUGGCCAGUCUGCCAUGGACUUCUGGCCGCAGGUGUAUAACGAGUCGGGAGGUGUGUGGGUGCAGUCACCUGAGAACCUGCUGCAGGUGAUGCAGCUGGGGGAGAACGACUUCCCGUGGAACACUAUCAAGAAAGUCCUGCUGGGCCUCGGCCUAGACAAGCUGUGGAAGGACGUGGCGGACAUGCACGAAGUGCUAAAAGACACGGAGCACGCCUACCGCAUUCCCCCCGACUUCGACGACUCUUUCCUGAACCUUGGUCUGGGCGCCCAGCUGCUCCAACUGAAGGACAGUUUCCCGCUCGCCUACCGGUCCUGGGCGUCCAACAACACGGACCUCCAGUCCCUUCAGAACCACCUCAAGUCGUACGCCUACCGGCCGCUGUCCAGGGACAACAACGCCGACACGAUCGACCCCAGAACGUACUACUACAUGCGGCCGUUCUUGGAAAAGGCGGCGAGGGAAGGGGACGAGAUCGCCUUGGUAACUACAUGGCUGCAGAAUCUUGCUGAGUUGCGCGUGAUGGUUGAGAAGGGCGUGCUGAUGCCGUAUAACCUGAACAACGUGGACGUGACCGUGGCCGCCAACACGCUGGCCGGCAUCACGGAGGCCCUGCUGGCGGGACUGGUGAACCAAGAGAAGUGGUUUGACCACGACGUGCAGAGAAUCUACCUGAACACGACCGCCAUGAUUUCCUGGGCCGUGACGUCAGAGGCCAUCUUCACCCGCCCUGACCUGGUGAUGACGUACUACCCAUCUCUCUACAACUUCCUGUGGUACUCCUCCCGAACUCUCUUCCUCCUGCAGUCCAACCAGGACAGGCUGCAACACUACCCCGACUGUGUCAGGGAUGUGCAGCAGAUUCUUACCACGACAUUCAGAGACCACGUUACACCUAAACUGUUGGCGCGUGCGCAGACGGACCGCGGACAAGAGACGUUUUUUGACGACUUUCUGGGGGACGGAGACAAGGACAUCUUUGGAAGACCGAAGAUCCAUGGAGAAGACCGUAUCUUCAGCACAGCACAGGUAGUGAAUACGCUACUGGCAACCUGGACAACGUUCAACAGGACCUCUAAGAAGUUGGUGUGGAUAGAAGAAACCCCCGCAGACGUGAAGACCCUGGUGUCUGAGGCCGUGUCUUGGCUGGAGAAGAACACCCUGAGCGGCAGGUACAAGCCGUACAACGCCUUCUUCUCCGGAUCCACCAAGGGGCUCUCUUCGGUGCCUUUCCUGUACCCGGCUAACUUCGUGCAGUACCUGAACGGUUCGGCUGUGCCGCCUGCUGCCAACGUGUCGUUUGACGUCAUAGCGGGAGUCACUGGCGUCAUCGAUCCUGAUGAGUACCAAAAGAUGGUUGAGCAGCCCCAUUUCGGAUACGCCACGCCUACAAAGUUUGACGGGUUCAACGGUCCGGAAAACUUCUUCCCCUUCUGGUCCUCCGAACCGUACACAUACGCUACUGUCAUGCUGGCACUGGCGCAGUACGACAAUAUAGCAUGAUUUGUGGAAUAGUUCAAUGUUUCACGUAGUCACCACAAAAUUAAACACAUGUAUGAUGAUGUUACUAAUAG